UGGUCGUGGUCGACCAACCGUGACCAACGUCGGAAGAAGUGUUCAGUAUUCUACUUUCCCCGGUUUUCCGUGAAAUAUGGCGGUUACCGAGUUGACAAAUGCGUUAAAGGAUCUGCCGAAUCGCGUUCAAACCGCUAGCAAAAAUGAACGAAGAGAAAUUCUCCAGAAUGUUGCUAGCGUGUUGUCAAAUCCUGGCAUCAACGAAAAGCUCGUUGGCGGAAUAUGUAAAGUUACUUCGAUCACUUUACAUCGUUACAGAGAUACCACCUCUCAAUCCUACGUGAAAAACUUGAUAAUUUCUUUAUUAAAAGAACAAUCUGAAGCAGCCGUCAAGCAUAUGUCAAGUGUUGUCUCAGAACAAGCUAACUGGCAUAAAAAUGUAGUACCUUCGCACAACACAGCAUUGACAGCACAUCUAGCCCUAAAAUGGAGUACCUUAAUUGUCCUUCAUGGAAUCAGCAAAGGACCUGAACCAAAUUAUUCAGAGCUUCCAAAAUUAAUAGAAGCUCAGUCAAACCUCAGUGCCGCCGCUUUGGCUACAGGAGAUACUAAACUAUCUAGAAAAGUGUUUACUCUUCUCGUAAAUCAGUGGAACGCUGUUAGCGGUAUCCAGGAAAAAUACGUGGAGAAUUUAAGCAGUUUGGAGGCAAGCAGUGGCGUCAUUGUUUUAUCUAGCCUUCUCAUGAAGUAUUUGGUGGAGAGCAAACAGGAUGAACUGGCCGAGAAACUUAAGAACGGUACUCUCGAAGCGUUCAUGAAAGUGUGCAUUAGUUGCAAAAAGAAACCGGAGCUCUAUGUGGUCGAUUCAGCGGUUCAUCUCUUACAUCGAGUAUCCCACGAUGAUUUUAAAAAUCAAUUACUGCCGGCGCUACAAAAAUCAAUGCUUCGAAAUCCAGAAAUCAUAAUAGAGUCAGUAGGUCAUAUUCUUACCGGUUUAAGCCUCGACCUAAGUCGCUACAGUCAAGAUAUAAGCAAAGGCUUAUUUGCAAACCUUCACUCCAAAGAAGACCUUGUGCGCGAAGAAGCUGCAGAUGCUUGUCGCCGUCUCGCUCUUCAGUGCUCCGACUCCACAGCAGUUGAAAGCCUUCUAGCCUCCGUAUUUGCCGUUUUCAACGGUUCCGAAGGAAAAUUAACGGUCUCAACUCAUAAGAUCUCCGUUCUCCAAGGUGCCGGAAAUCUCAGUUAUAACUCUGUCAGCGGAAGCACCGUACAAAAGCUCGCAGCAACCGCUUGUGGACACUUCAUAGAAGUUCUUAAAACGGAAGUUCAUGAGAAGACGUUGAUUCACGGAGUUGAAAUGAUGGGACUCUGGUGUAACAAAUUCGUCAAUGAGAUCCCGAAGAACGUGAUUGAUAUCUUCAAGACAGGAAUGGCCGCGAAGACGUCGACGGCUGGAGUUAGGACUGCAUAUAUUAAAUUAUUUUUUACUGCCCCAAUCGCUACCCAAUCUUCAACCAUAGCUCCGCUUUUGACGCAUGCUAUCAGUCGAUCCUCGCAGCAAAGUGCGCAGCCUGCUGCCGUCACAGAGGGUGUUGUAGCUUCUUAUCUACUUUUGAAACUCAUUCUGUCAGGUCAAGUUGAGAAUGACAAACAGAGUGUGCUUUGGAGUGCGAUCGACGAUCAGAUUUUCUUCUCAGAAAAGUAUCUUUCCACCUGUAGCGAUGAAAUACUCUUUCACCUGAUGCAGCUCUGCGAACGGCUUAUCGGUGAGUUCUCAGAUAGACUAAACGAGAAAGCCUUAAUAGGCGUCCACAGAGCAAUCGUUACUUGCAUAACUGCGCCAAAGUCGUCAACUCGUCGACGCUGCGCUCCUCUGGUUAAAAAGAUCCUAACUGGUUUGAGCACCUAUGAACCGGUUCAGUCUCUCCUUCUAGAAUUUAGCAAAGUUCUGGAUACUGCAAAAACUAAGUCAGAAGCGGAGACAGAGAGCAAAGAAGAUUUGCCUGGGGAGACUAGCGGAAGAGCUCUCGCAGAUGGAUUAUUAGCGAUCUGCUCUGGGUCUUUCCUUUUCGAGACACCCGCGAUGCAGCUGAUCCGCGACUCCUUAAUCCCCGCUCACCAUCCCGCAAUUUUGAAGACUGUACCAUACCUUUGGUUUAAUAUAUUAAAGAAUUUUAAUAUCAAGCUGGAGGAUUUUCUGAAAUGCUUUGGUGGCGAGAUUAAGAAGAUGUUUGUACAGGAAUACAAACCUACAUCAAGUUAUGAGAAUGCCCUUGCUAAAAUGGCAUCACUAGCUCCAGACGUGAUCUUCCCCACUCUCAUGCCAUCGAUAGUCAGCAGAUUAAACGAUUCUGAAAUACUAAGAAUUACUAAAGACGAAUACUUCACGUUUUUAACUCCAGAAGGUGAGCUCUACGAUAAAAGCGUUAUACCUGGGAAUGAUGAUAACGAUAUCCUUAAUACGAUGAAUAUGAAGAGAGAAAGUAAAGUUUAUUCGUUCAAGGAACAGCAGGAGGAGCUUCAGUUGCGGCGGGAGUUGUAUGAGAAAAGAAAGAAAGAGGGAAAGAUAAAGGAACCUAAACUGACGCCAAAACAGGAAGAGGCAAUGAAGGCUCAGGUCGCUAAAGAGAAUCUAAUCAGGAAAAGACUUUCGGGGCUAAACGAGAAGAUCAGUGACGUGGUUUCGAUAAUCAACGCCCUCGUGCGCGGACACGGAAUGGAGUUGUCUUUUCAUUUGAAAGAUCUACUUCCCAUAAUUUUGAAGAAUCUAGGUUCUCCACUAGCAGCGCCAAUGAUGAAGGAGUUGCUGCUGCUUCUGAGGAAAACUGUAACUAUAUCUAGCGACCCUACUCUGAGCGACCUGGUGGCUCAUGUGACUCUUCGCCAGCGGCAACCACAGUGUGAUUUGGAUCCUGGUUGGGAGGAGGAAGCAUUGGAGAGUGCAGUUAAGAGGACACUAAAUCUCAUUCAUCAGCAUACUGUAAAGCAAAAGCAGCUUUUCUCUGCGCCAGCUUUCUGUUACGUUUUUCCGUUUGUAAAGAAAACGCUGCUGUCGAGCAAGGACGAUGGUGUAAUUGCGCAGGGGCUGCAGAUUGUCCAGGAUCAUGCAAAGCAGCGAGGUGAGUCUACAAAUCCGAAAGACCCACGCCAUCCAAGGUUGUUGCCGAGGAAGCAGAUGUUCGAUCUGAUCAUUGAACUCAUGAGCACAACGACUGGAAGAGUGCAGUCACACGCGGUUGCUACUCUUUUGGAUGUUGCGCACUCGGGAAGUGGAGUGGAUGGCGCUGCCUUAGCGACGAGUGAAGACAUUGAAUCAUUGACUGGAGCACUUCAAAACUCCUUGCCCGCUGUAAGAGACGCCGCGCUUCGAGGACUUCUCGUCAUCCACCGAGCGUUCUCUCACGAUAAAGAAGAUUACCCCGAACUGCUUCGUCUUACAAGACGAAUCUGGGUUGCCAAAUCCGACAUUUGUGAGGAAAAUAAGAUUCUUGCUGACGAGCUCUGGGAAAAAGCUGCUCUCGAAGCAAACAGCAAAAUUCUCUGCCAUGAACUUAUUCAGGAUAUCGCUCAUCCAGUCGAACCCAUACAGCAAGCUGCGGCCGGUGCACUUGCCGAGUUAUUAACUAAAGAUCCCCAUCUCAUGCCAGAGAUACUCGAGAAAUUACUUCAACUCUAUCAAGAAAAACUAGUCAUGAUUCCACCAAAACUAAAUGACUUUGGUCGAGUCGUGGAGCAGCCAAUUGACACUUGGGGCCCUCGAAGAGGAGUCGCCCUCGCUCUCGCCCAACUUGCUCCGCUGCUAACCUCUGAAACCAUUCAACGCCUAGUUCAAUUUUUCGUCUCCACCGGAUUAGGAGACAGGAAUCCUACCGUGAGAAAUGAGAUGUUAACAGCAGCCGUAGCCGCUGUAGAUCUUCACGGAAAAGCUAACAUCACCUCCUUACUCCCAGUAUUCGAAGACUUUAUGGACAAGGCACCGAAAAUCGGCAGCUUCGAUUCCAUAAAACAAUCUGUUGUUAUCCUCAUGGGAUCUCUUGCUAGGCAUCUGGAGAAGGACGAUUCAAGAAUCAAACCUAUUGUCAUGCGGCUUAUUGCUGCGCUUUCCACACCCUCGCAACAGGUACAAGAAGCCGUAGCUAACUGUCUCCCGCACUUGGUUCCAUCCAUAAAGGAAGACGCACCAAAAAUCGUGGACAAACUCAUGGACCAACUUCUCAAAUCCGACAAGUAUGGAGAACGUAAAGGCGCCGCGUAUGGAUUGGCUGGACUGAUCAAAGGCAUGGGAAUCCUCGCUUUGAAACAACUUGAUAUAAUGACCACUUUAACGAAUGCAAUUCAGGAUAAGAAAAACUACAGGCACAGGGAAGGGGCGUUGUUUGCAUUUGAAAUGCUCUGUAAUAUGCUUGGCAGGCUCUUUGAACCUUAUAUCGUCCACGUGCUGCCACAUUUACUUCUCUGUUUUGGAGACUCCAGUCAGUACGUAAGAGCCGCUACAGAUGACACCGCUCGUGUGGUUAUGAGCAAACUCUCUGCUCAUGGUGUAAAACUAGUUCUACCAAGUCUACUCGCUGCCCUGGAGGAGGACUCAUGGAGAACAAAGACCGGCUCAGUAGAACUAUUAGGAGCAAUGGCUUACUGUGCGCCAAAACAACUGAGCAGUUGUUUACCUAGCAUCGUGCCAAAGCUGAUCGAAGUCCUUAGCGAUUCUCACACAAAGGUACAAGAAGCUGGAGCAGAGGCUCUUAAAGUCAUAGGCAGUGUCAUCAGAAAUCCGGAAAUUCAGGCGAUAGUGCCUGUUUUGUUGAAGGCUCUCCAAGAUCCUUCUAGGAAAACGGCAACGUGUUUGCAAACUUUACUUGAUACGCAAUUCGUACACUUCAUAGACGCGCCUUCACUGGCGUUGAUCAUGCCCGUUGUGCAGAGAGCUUUUAUGGAUCGCUCGACGGAAACGAGAAAGAUGGCUGCACAGAUUAUCGGAAACAUGUAUUCGCUGACAGAUCAGAAGGAUUUGACGCCUUAUUUGCCGACAAUCAUUCCUGGACUGAAGACAAGUUUGCUCGAUCCUGUUCCUGAAGUUCGAAGUGUUUCUGCGAGAGCGUUGGGAGCGAUGGUUCGAGGAAUGGGAGAAUCAAGUUUCGAGGAUCUGCUACCAUGGUUGAUGCAGACCUUAACUUCAGAAACGAGUAGUGUUGAUAGAUCUGGUGCCGCACAGGGAUUGUCGGAAGUGGUUAGGGGCUUAGGGGUAGAGAAGCUUCAUAAAUUAAUGCCAGAAAUCAUCAGCACUGCUGAACGCACAGACAUCGCGCCUCAUGUUAAGGAUGGUUAUAUAAUGAUGUUCAUCUACAUGCCGUCGGCUUUCACAUCGGAAUUCACACCUUAUAUUGGUCAGAUUAUCAAUCCGAUUCUUAAGGCAUUGGCAGACGAAAAUGAAUAUGUUCGAGAAACUGCUCUUCGAGCUGGACAAAGGAUCGUAACACUUUAUGCUGAUUCAGCGAUUAUGUUAUUGUUGCCGGAGUUGGAGAAGGGAUUGUUCGACGAUAACUGGCGUAUUAGAUACUCCUCAGUUCAAUUGCUUGGAGAUUUACUUUACAGAAUAUCUGGAGUAUCAGGUAAAAUGUCAACGGAAACCGCAAGCGAAGAUGAUAAUUUUGGAACCGAACAGUCUCACAUGGCGAUCAUUAAAGCUCUCGGAGCCGAACGAAGAAACAGGGUUUUGGCUGGACUUUACAUGGGAAGAUCAGAUGUUGCUCUCAUGGUUCGACAAGCAGCCCUUCACGUUUGGAAGGUGGUUGUCACGAACACUCCAAAAACUUUGAGGGAAAUACUGCCAACGUUGUUUAGUUUACUCUUGGGAUGUUUAGCAAGCACAAGCUAUGAUAAGAGACAAGUGGCAGCACGAACGUUGGGAGAUCUGGUCAGGAAAUUGGGCGAGCGAGUGUUGCCGGAAAUCAUUCCUAUUUUGGAGAGAGGUCUGCAAAGUGAACAAGCUGAUCAAAGGCAGGGUGUUUGUAUUGGUCUUUCUGAAAUAAUGGCUAGUACCAGCAAGGACAUGGUCCUUACGUUUGUCAACAGUCUAGUGCCAACAGUUAGGAAAGCUCUUUGCGAUCCGCUUCCUGAAGUACGACAAGCAGCUGCUAAGACCUUCGACAGUCUACACACAACCGUCGGCGUUCGAGCCUUGGACGAUAUUCUCCCAGCAAUGUUAGUUCAGCUGAGCUCGCCUGAUCAAGCAGAGGCCGAGAACACUUUGGAUGGUCUACGCCAAGUCAUGGCAAUCAAAUCCCGUGUCGUUCUGCCUUACUUGGUUCCGCAAUUAACAUCACCUCCAGUCAACACGAAAGCUUUAUCCAUUCUUGUGAGCGUUGCUGGUGAAGCCUUGACAAGAUUCCUUCAUAAAAUUCUACCCGCUCUAUUAACGGCCCUAUCCAGCUCGCAGGGAACUCCGAACGAGAUGCAAGAGUUGGAAUACUGUCAAGCAGUAAUUCUCUCCGUGACGGAUGAAACUGGAGUGAGGACGGUCAUGGAUCAAUUGAUGGAGGCGACAAGGUCCAAGGAAACUCCGAUAAGACGAAGCGCGGCAACACUUUUGUGUGCAUUUUGCCGAGAUACAAGAGCGGAUUAUAGUCAAUAUGUGCCUCAACUACUUAGAGGACUUAUUCACCUUUUCACUGACGAGGACAGAGAUGUAUUGCUGAUGAGUUGGGAAGCGCUUACUGCUGUAACAAAGACUGUACCAGCAAACGAGCAAAUGGUCUACGUACAGGACAUCAGACAGGCUGUUCGAUUCGCAGCCUCUGAUCUGAAAGGUCAAGAUCUUCUGCCUGGUUUUUGUCUUCCGAAAGGAAUUACACCCAUUUUGCCCAUAUUCAGGGAAGCUAUUCUCAACGGUGUUCCGGAGGUCAAAGAACAAGCUGCGCAAGGAUUGGGCGAAGUUAUAAAACUCACAAGUGCUACGGCUUUGCAACCCAGUGUCGUUCACAUUACUGGACCGCUCAUUCGAAUUCUGGGAGAUCGCUUUAACUGGAGCGUAAAAGCGGCCGUCCUUGAAACUCUUGCAAUAUUAUUAGGAAAGGUGGGAGUGAUGUUGAAACAAUUCUUACCGCAACUGCAGACCACUUUCUUGAAAGCGUUAAAUGACAGCAAUAGACAAGUGCGUCUAAAAGCAGCCUAUGCACUGAGCAAUCUCAUUGUCAUUCACACUCGAACUGAUCCCUUGUUUGCAGAACUUCAUACUGGAAUUAAAACCGCGGACGAUCCAGCAAUUAGAGAAACGAUGCUGCAAGCUCUGCGUGGAGUGAUAACGCCUUCUGGAGAUAAAAUGACAGAACCUUUGAAGAAACAAGUCUUUGUAACUUUGACUGGAAUGCUGGGACAUCCGGAGGACGUGACGAGGAGUGCGGUGGCAGGUUGUUACGGAGCACUCUUGAGGUGGCUGAGUCCUGACCAGCUAACGGCGGCACUGAAUGAUCAUUUGUUAUGCAAUGAUGUAAAUGCCGACUGGAUGCUGCGACAUGGUCGCUCAGCGGCUCUUUUUGUAGCACUCAAAGAAGCCCCAGCUACAAUUUACACCGAAAAGGACAAAGAACGAGUGUGCAAAGUUAUGCUUUCUUACCUGUCUGCUGACAGGACUCAGAUUGCUAUGAACGGAGUGCGUGCGUGUGGAUACCUUUUCCAGUAUCUAAUGCUCGAGGGUCUACCAAUUCCACAACAAGUUCUGACACCCUUUGUUAGAUCAAUGAAUAACAACAGCAAUGACGUGAAGCAAUUGCUAGCAAGGGUGUGUAUACAUCUCGCGCGGAAUAUACCAUCUGAAAAAAUGUCCCCGGAUCUACUGAAGUCACUACUUCCCAUGUUAGUCAAUGGCACUAAAGAGAAGAACGGCUAUGUUAAAGCUAACAGUGAACUCGCUCUCAUUGCAGUUCUAAGGUUAAAGCAGGGCGAUGAAGAACACCAGCGAUGCAUUGCUCUCCUGGACGCCGGAGCGAAGGAAUCCCUCUCAGAUGUAGUUAGUAAAGUUUUACGAAAGGUGCUCUCCCAACCAGAAGGCAAGAUAGAGGAACUAGAUGAUACGUUACUCACGUGAGAGAUAUUUCACUUUCUGGGGCUUUCUAAUCGUAAUUUCUGUUCUAUUUCUGAUCAGAAACUCACAUGUAGUCAUCCUCACGAACCCAACUACACCUACUAUGUGCGUUCUAAUUCCGACCUAGACUCGAAAUUAGUCAAAUCGAUCUCCUACCUCCGCGAGCAAUUGAACAGCAUCAAAUGCAAAUCUUCGUCGAUGGCGCUCAAGCUGCUCAAGCUGCGAUGCUUGAGAAGUACAAGAAACGAUACUGAAUCCGAGAGCAUUCGAAAUAACUCUCGUUGGAGGAUUAUCUUUCAAAACUUAGACGCGGAGACUGCAGGUCUUCGUAGAAAGCGAACUUUUCCUCGAGACUUGACUGAUGGCUCUAUAUCUUUAAUUCGAGACCAUACACCACCGUCAAUUAAAGACUUGGCACCUGAAAACCUUCCUCAUCUAUCUCAAGAUUUUCCACCUUCUACUCAAGAUUCCCUUGCAUUAAUCAAAUCCAAAUCGGAGUUUAAUCGAGAAGGACCGAGUCACACUUUUAUAAACGACCUUCUAGUCAAAGAAUAUUGGCAAAUCUCGACUAACUCUCGAUGUCAAUACUUGAUUUAUCCCUCGAGGAGAAACCCUUCGAGAUUUUCGGAAAAUCCACUCAAGCUGUCUCUCAGAUUUUGCGCGAGCAGCGAUCAGUCGCGAACCUUUUUCCCGCCAUGAUAGCAUUUCCAAUCUGUAUAUUACGUUAAAAGCGAAAAAAAAUUCAAAUCCGUUUUAUUGUGUGAUAAGUGUGGAGUGAUACGAGCAAUCGCGUUAACGCGCACUCGAGUUUUACUGUUGUAGAUGGCGCUCGGAAAAGUCUAAAAGACUACUCGCGUUUUACAAUACUCCACGAAAUUGAAGUUCUGAAGCCAAAAAUCAAAGUGUUGGGUUUGGAGAAGUUACUUGUUGAACCUGAUGAUAGCACUUGAUUGUUGAAUUGUGUAUUGAUCAACAGAAUUUUUUAUUGCUAAAUAUGUUUUUAUAUUGAUAGGCAGAAUUUUGUAUUGAUGAUUGUUCCAUUUUCUUUAUCUGCGUUUUGUAGUGCAUUUUCAGUGUGAGUUUUUAAUAACUAGCAUCUUGCCAAUUUCUGAAAGGCAAUUAUAACAGGUUCGAUUUGUCACUCUGAUCCUCCGUUGAGCACUUCUGGACUCUUCAUAAAACUUCUCCAAGAUAGUGUAAAAUGUCUUUUAACGUUAAAUUUUGGAGUGUGAAGUUUGAAGGUUUUCACCAUGAUUUACGGUUUAGAUUUUCUUGACUUGAGAUUUUUGAAUAAUUUAAACCUUUUUCACUGUUCAAUUAUAAAUUUGCAAUUCAUAAGAUUUUUAGAUUGUCAAAUUUCAAUUCUGGAAGGGGAGGAAAUUCUUUUCUUCAAAGUUUGAAGCAAUAUAGCUUGGAGUGCUGAAGUGCCUCUAGAUUUUGAUGAGGACAACUCCUGUGGCUUAUUUUGAAUUCUUAAAUCUCUUUUCUACCCAAAAAGCCCCAAGACUGCAAAGAGCAUGCGCAUAAAACGUGAAAAUUCCUAUAAACCUGAUUUUGUUGUACAGCGAAACAGAAACUGGAUUCGAUCAAGAAACCUUAUAUUGUUGAAAGUAUUCUUACAUCCAUGAAAAAUCCCAUUUUCUUUUCUCUGAAUUAGAAAUAAAUACCAAAUAAAAGUAAAUUCAGUUGGUACUGAUAAUGUUAAAUUUAUUUAAUGAUAUUCUCUGAUUUUUUUAUAUCGUUUCCAGUUUCUGCAAAAAAAAACCUCGAUUUGUAUUUUUGUAGAAUCUUGUAUAUUCAUUUUCUCUGAAUCACUUACUAAUUUCGUAAAAAUUUGGUGAUUAAUUCGCGAAAUCCGAGGUACAACUUCCGGCACUGUAAAUAAUCGAAAGCACAAUGGACCCCAGAAUUUUUGAAGCAAACUGGAAAAAAGAGUCAACUAGUGGAUACAAAAAAUGGUAUUAACUAAAUCAGUUUUUUGUUAAUGAUUUUCUGCUAUCUUAUUUUUUGAUUCGAUUAACUCAGAACAACGUAAAUAUUUCUUAUUAAUAGAAAUUAUAUUGAGUCAAAUAUGUCGUCUGAGGCUGAAACUUUAAUCUGGAUUCUCCGUUUCGACAAUCCUAUUUUCUUACUUUUCUAAAAUCCUCGUACAUUUUAAAAAAUAUCACAGUAUUAGGAUUUCACGAAAUUAGCAUCAUCCAAGUACAUAAUGAAUGUGUACUAUCGGUGUCAAGCGUGCUUAGAUAUUCUAGAGUCUCUCGUCAUAGUUUUAAUAUUCAUUUAAUUUUUACUGUAUAUUGAUUGAACCUUAUAUAAAAGUCAAAGGAGAAACUUGUUUUCAAUGUUACA